AAAUAUUUGGAUAAUCAGAAUUGGAUUUGGAGCGACGUAUAGAUUUAUUGUUUCCCCCAAAUUCUCUCGAGUUUGAUAAUCUCUUUAUCUUUCACUCUACUUUAGAUUCGGUUUGUGAACCCUAAUUUCAUUCAUCCACUCACCUUCUUUUUGCUCCCGAUCGCAGCCAAUCAUCCGACGCCAUGCCCAAGAGCUCCUUCAAGCUGGAACACCCCCUCGAGAGGCGACAGGCUGAAGCGGCCCGUAUUAGGGAGAAGUACCCAGAUAGAAUUCCGGUUAUUGUGGAAAAGGCUGAAAGAAGUGACAUACCUGAUAUCGACAAGAAAAAGUAUCUUGUUCCUGCUGAUCUGACUGUAGGGCAGUUUGUGUAUGUUGUCCGGAAAAGAAUCAAGCUCAGUGCUGAGAAAGCUAUAUUUGUUUUUGUCAAGAACAUUCUCCCUCCCACUGCUGCAAUGAUGUCUGCUAUCUAUGAGGAAAACAAAGACGAAGAUGGCUUCCUAUACAUGACCUAUAGUGGAGAGAAUACCUUUGGAUCGCUCUGAAAAGAAAGGUCGAACUGGGCCUUGUAUAUCCUCGAACAAAAUCUUUGUAAAAAUCUCUUGAAUUCUCUCUAAGCGUUAUUCUCCUAAAAGGAUGGGUCUUCGAUGAUUUCGUUAAACUCAUGGAUUUGAAUGUUGUUAUUCAUAUUCUGUUGUGAAUUUGAAUGCAUAUCUACCGUUUCCAAUA